CCGUCUCUGGAUGUGGAUGUGGGUAUUAAACGCGGCGCUGCUGUCUCCAGACCGUGUUUCUGUCCCGGACUUUAAAUCUGAAGGGACGAGAAGGAGGCGACGCAUUAAGACGCGAAGAAAAGGAAGAGGAGGAAGAGAAGAGCGUCUCUCCACCGAUGCUGCUUUUACAUUUCUGCAUUUUUUUUUUCAUUCUUCCUGAACAGCAUGAAUGGUCUGAUGCCUCCUCGUACGCUGUGAUUGGCGCUAGAUAAUUGCUUUUGUCAACAGAGACCUUUUAUUGUCUGUCACGUUUUAUUUAUUUUUAUAUAUAAAAGAAAAAAAUCUUAAAUCCAGACCUGGUUGUGCGGAUCCUGUAGGAGUUUAAACUGAUUAUUGCUCAAUUUCUAAAUGAUAUAAAUUAUUUUUUGUGGACCCAUUGCUGGAUUGAAACCCGCAGAGCAGAAUGAUAAAUCUGUCUGUGGUUAAUGUGGCGGCCCUUCGCUUCUUAACCCUGACUGAUUUGUUAUGACUGUGAGUGGUCUCCUGUUUCUCAUGCCUUGCUCAGUAGCAUCACUAUGAUAGGCUCCCCAGACGUGGUGGCGUUCACCAAAGAGGAUGAGUAUGGGCAGACGAACCCGGACCCCUGGGCUCUCCCGGAGGAGUUCUCUAUCCCUCUCCACCCGGUGGCCGACACCAACCCCUGGGCCAAGACCUCCUACGCCAAGUUCACCAAAGACUUCAUCCUCAUCUCGGAGUUCUCCGAGCAGGUGGGGCCACAGCCUCUCCUCACAAUCCCAGAUGAUCCCAAAAUCUGCGGCACCUUCGACCUCAACUACUUCUCCCUGCGCAUCAUGUCGGUGGACUACCAGGCCUCCUUCGUAGGGCACCCCCCCGGAAGCGGCUACCCAAGGCUCAGCUUCGUGGAGGACUCUCGGGUGGUGUUGGGCGACUCAAAGGAGGGGGCGUUCGCCUACGUCCACCACCUCACACUCUACGACCUGGAGGCGAGGGGCUUCGUGCGACCGUUCUGCAUGGCCUACGUCGCGGCGGACGAGAAGAAGAUCAUGCUGCAGUUUCAGGAGAUGUCCCUCCGGUUCUCGCAGGCAUCCGAGUGUCUGAAGGCCGGGAACAGGAGGGCGUUCGCCAAGGAACUCCAGAGGAAGCUCCGGGACCUUGAGUACACUCACUCUGUGCUACAACGGGAGGAAGGGCUACAAAGAGAGGCGGGGCCUCAGUGCAUGUACUCCGCCCACGCCGUGGAGAAAGCCAACGAGCUCGCCAAUGUAGAGAAGAGCAUUUACGAACACCGGGACCUGCUGAGGCAGAUCAGCUCCUACCAUCGUCGUCCACGUCGGGAUCCCAACGCCGUCACCUGCCAGAAGUGCACAAACGAGUGCUUGAGCGAGUGCGAGGAGCUGCUGGAUAAAUACUCGAAGCUCGCCAACCCCUUCAGUUACAGCGAGAAAGCGCUGGAGGACGCCCGGGCUCGGAUCGAUGGAGACGGAGGUGAAGAAGAAGAAGCGGCGCAGGAGGAGGACGUGAAGCGCAAACUGUCCUACACACCGCAACUGAUCAAAGCCAAGUCUGCCAAGUGUUUUGACAAACGCCUGAAGACACUGCGAGAGUUGUGCGACGAGACUUUCUACGAGGCCACUGUGGAGCUCUUGAAGGAGACGGAGAAGAGUUUCCGUGGCGACCUGUGUUACCUGUACACACGGCGCCUGGACAAGGCGCUACGCAGGAAACAGGGUGUCGCCAACUUCCUGUUUGAGGAAGAGCUUGCUGACGAUGAAGAGGAUGACGUAGGAACGCUAAGACCGUUCUGUGCUGUGAAUCAUGCUGUGGACAACUGUGUCCUCCUGAAGCCGCCUAAUAUUGUGCUGGGACCAGAACCUCUUGAGCCACUGGAACUGGCGGACCCUCUAGACCCAGUUUCUGAGACAAACCAGGCAGGUGAGCUGGGACUCCUCGGGGACAGCCAUCUGGAGUCGUCCCCCUCAGACCAGACUCUGGAGACCCAGGAGAGCUCAGAGGAGACCAAAGGAAGCUUAAGUAGCGAUAAGAGCGCAACGGGCCGCGAAGAGAAGGAGUUGAAGUCGGAACCGCACGAUCCUGAUCCCGAUCCUGACUCUGACUUAACCCCCGACCAUAACACUGACCUGGAGAGGGAGAGUAGCAGCGAAGACAUGGAGACCACUGCAGGAGAUGAUGAGGGAGACCAGACACCUGUGUCUUUGCUGGAAGUGGUGUCAGAGCUGGAGGCCAGUAGGGAGGACGUCCGUGACGGACUAAAUCAGUCUGAGUUGCUGGUUCCCUUGGACACGGCAUGCUGCAUUGCCCAAGAGGGUUUCCUUUAUGAAGCUUCUGUCCCAGAGACCAUGUCUUGUCUGAGCCAAACCUCCCAAACGCUGGUCGUCAACCAGGAGCCCCAAGCCCUUCUCCCACUCCAGGACGACUACACUGUGGGUUCCCCGUGCUCAGAAAGUCCUGCAGCCGGGCUGGAGCUGCCGACGAGCCUCCUCGGAGACGCCGUUUCCUGCAUCUCGAUUGAGGACGGGUCGGACUGCACCAUGAGCGCGUCCACGGGGUCCGAUCGGGCCGCCUCGCCUCUCGGCUACGGCGGGAUGGUGACCCUGCGGCAGAGGAAGAAGGCUGGGCAAGGCGCCCUGAGGUUCGUGCGUCAGUACCCGUUUGCGAUGCAAGCUCUGUGGUGUCUGCUGAGCGGCCGGACCCUGGUGGUGCUCGGGGCGGACGAGGGCCGAGUCCGACGCCUGGUUGCCGCCCUGGCUCUCUUUGUUCCUGCACCUGGAAAGUGUGCAGAGAGGGUUCAAGCCUGGCUGUCCUGUCCCUUCACCCUCACCGACCUACAGCGGUGGAAACUCAUUGGACUGCAAAGGGUUUCGUCUCCAGUGGGCUCCAGCAUGCUCUACUCUCUGUCCCGCUACAGUCGCUACAUCUCCAUCCUGGACGCCGACCAGAAGACGCUGCGCUGCCCGCCGUACCGCGGCCAACUCCUCGCCAACAUCGCCGACCACCGCACCUCCAUCCGCCGCGGCUCCACCUACUUCCUCCACGUGCAGAGCACGCUCUGCCACCUGGCGGCCAAGGCCUUCCUGUUCACCUUCACCCACCACCUCCACCUGCCCGUCAGCUCCGCCGAGGGGCCCGAGGCCGUGGAGGCCCGGCGGCGCUGCUUCCUGCAGGAGCAGCUGGGGCUGGGCGAGGAGGACAGCCUGAUCCUGGUCUACCUCAGCCAGCUCGUCACCCAGCGGUACCUGCAGCCCGCCGACGCCGGCCACGGUAGCACAGCGGCGCCUUGUUUUACUUUUAACUACACCACCAGCGUUUUAUACAAAAUCUGAUUCUGGGAGGAGGAGGAUGGACUGAUUCGUGCGGUCAGAAGCAAAACGCUAAAGGACUGGACUCAUCGUUCUGCAGGAACCAGGAACCUGUUUAAACCCUAAUUCACCUCCAGUCUGUUACAGCUGAAGACUUGGAUAAAGACUGUUGUCCUUGUUCCUUUAGCGUUUUUUUUGGAGACACCAUCACCAGGUUGUCUGAGAACCUUCACAGACGUUAAUGAGGGCAGAUUAGUUUCAGGGCUAAAAGUCUGUGUCUUUUAAUCUCUAUUUCUUUGCCUUGCUGUCUUUGUUUUUCUUCUUCUUCUCUGGGAUCAGACACAGAGCGAAUGUCCUCAAGUGUUUUUUUUUUUAUUAUGAUUAUUAGUAGUUGACUGUAUUUAUUUUUCCUUUUUUUUUGUCUUCUCUUCAUUCAGAUCGUUGUGACGUGUAGAUUUAAAUUCUAAUCACCGCUUAUUUAUUUAUAUGCAUUUUAUUCGGAGUCUGUUAAACAGCACAUUGUCUGCACAUCGAGUCCACGUGAUGUUUAUUUUUCCCACUACCUGCGUACAGUGAAGUGGUGAAACUUCCUCCUUCUGAAUAAAUUUUAAACCGUCAGUGUUGCUGUUCCUCAAAAUCGUCCCAUCCUAGUUUUCGUUUUCAUAGGAAGUAGGUUUGAAAAGUUAAUCCUCCACACGCAGCCGUCUGUUACGUCUCGAUCCAACAUGGCCGACCUCAGCCAGUUUCAUUAAACGUAAACAUCACGAUCGACCCAUGUCAACCCCUCACUGGCAUUUACCGCACAAAAACCCCGUAGUUACAUUAACAUUUCUUUAUUUUUUUAGUUUUCUUUUUCUUCUCUUGUGAAUGGAUUCGAUCUCCGGUGCAGAAUGUUGGAUUUUAACUCUUUUUUCUCUCGGGGGCGAGUGCGCGUUGGGAAACAAACAUUCCCAGCGUCGUGAAGCAUGUGGUGAAGUGUAUUCAAACUUCCAUCCAGCUCCACCUGAUAUAACUUUUGCAUGUCAAGAAAUGAAACACCACAGCACCUCAUAGCUGCUGAGGGAUGAGGAUGGAAGUUUUUUUUUUAUUGUUUUGUUUUGUUUUUUUAAAAAAAAAAGCUAUUUAACCUAAAUGUAUUGAAUUUCACUGUUGUCUUAAAAGUCUAAAGUGUGAGAGUGUUGUGGUGUCAGCAUGAAGACUGUCUUGUGCCGGGGUGAUCAGUGUCUUGAUGAUGUUCCUGUUUUCUUAUACUCGGAUGAACUGACAGUGUUUUUUCUCCUGCGCCUCUUUUUUUUAAUUUAAAAAGUAUUUUUUGUUGUUUGCACAAAGUUUUAUUUUUAAUGUAUGGGCCAGUGAAACAAGGCGGAGGCUUUUAAUUCCAUUCACUUUAAUGCAAGUUGUGUUAUUAUUUCCUUUUGCCGCAUGUGAAGCCUUUUUUUUUUUCUUCUUCUUUUACUGCAAAAAGCUGAAUGUAAUCCGAACAAGCCAUACCACAGUGUGCUUAACAUAUUGUCACUCAGUGUCCUUACGUUGCCAUAUCAUGUCUCUGCCUUUCGUAAAUGUGUCACCGUGAGCGUGCGAGCUCACUUCAGCCAGUGGUUUUUAAUAAAGAAGCACGUCGUGAAGGUC